AUGUCGAGCUCUUCUCCUCCCAAGCUGGAAGGAGAAUCGAAACGGCCAAGCAUUCUGCUUCACCACGCCGAGGAGGACGACGAGCAGCAAGAAGCGGCCGCAUCUCCUUCCGCAAGCAGACACGGCACCAUCUAUCAAGGCGAGCAGCCUGCAGAGAGCUCUCGCUCCACAUCGCUCCGGCCGCCGUCACGACACAUCGACGCCGAUGACCUCGAAGAAGCCGAUAGCGACGCAGCCUCGGAGUUUCAGUCUUUCAUGCGCAAGGGCCGCAUCGAUGUAGGGCAGACGUGGGACGACAGCAGCGACGAGGACGACCAGCAACAGGCGCUACACGAGGAUCGAACGCUGCCUCUCUCUGCCACUGGCAGCAGCGCACCCAGGGACGGCAGGAGGAGGAAGCUGCGUCGGAACCAUUCAGGGUCGAUCCUUCAAUCGUUCCGGCCUACACGGGAGCACCGACGCGCGUGGUGGAAUUUUCUCACCAACCCUGGAGCACCAGCAAGUCUCUCGGCCACACAUGUCUCCGCCAACCUCUUUUCAGCUAGCUUGCAUCCCGCGGUGCUACUGUCGAUGCCACACUUCUUCGCUCGCACUGGUAUCCUGAUCGGCUCCGUUGCGCUUGUGGGAGUGGCGAUCCUCGGCGGUGUGGGGGGUGGACUCUGGGUCGUGCUCAGUCGAUACGUCAAUGGCAGCUCGAUUGAGGCCAUCGUAGGAGCAAGCUUUGGCAGAUACACCCGCUGGAAAGGUGGACUGGGUCGAGUCAUCUCAGGCCUGCUACUGGCAAUAUACGCCACGGGCAGCGCCAUCAUCGGCUACUUUGCGCUGGCAAAUCUGCUUCUGCAAGUGUUCUUCAACUACAGUCCCAAAGGCGUUCCGCUCCACGAUCGAGGAUUCGUCACCUUGGUGGUCGGCGGCAUCAUCUCGUCUCCGCUCGUCAUCUUCCCGCUCGCCAAACGCAAUCUGAUCCGCCUCAACACAUUCUUCUCGCUGUUGUUUUAUCCGAUCAUCGUAACGAUCAUUCUGGUCGAGAUCUAUGCCAAGCCACAUGGCGACCCUUCGGACGGCGACUUUGGGCCACGACAGCUCGACAUCUCAGACUCAUACUCCACAACGGGAAGCAACAAGUGGCCCAACAUGAACCCCUUCAGCCCGCCCUCCAUCUGGGCGCCCAUCUCCUUGCUCCCGCUCCUCACGCUUAGCGCCUGCCCACCGCAGAUCCUCGCACACCAGCGAAGCCUGCGUCGCAUCGGCACGUCGCGCUCUAACGUCAAGGCCUUCCUCGCCGCGCAAGCUGGACAAGUCACCUUCAUCGUCGUCAUGGGCAUCCUCUUUGGUGUGGUGGCUGGAGUCAACGGCGUUCAGGGCAGACUGCAUCAGGACGUCCAUCCUAACCUCUUCGCUUCGCUGCCGACCGAUGAUCACUGGAUCAACGUCGCCCGUGUCCUCUUCAUUGCGAUCCUCGUCACGCACCUAGCGAUCUGCCUGACCACCGCUCGUUCGUCAUGGGGUCGCCUGUUGCGACUGCUUAACAUCAAUCCUUUCCGUCGACGAAAGGCGCCGAUCCAGCUCUCCACCGACAGCGCCGACACCUCCGCUCCUUCGCCCUCAGCACCUGCAGCAGACCACGAGCCAGCUUCACGCUACGCCAAGUUCAAACGCACAUGGGGCAAGCCCGCACGCAACGCGCUCGCUGGCGCCCUCCUGUGGUCCAUCACCGCCUCCUCCGCGUAUCUCUCUGGCGUCGGCGGUUUCCGUCGUAGCGAGCGCGAGGGCGAAGAAGCGCGCUUCACCCGUGCCUCCGAGGUGCUCGGUCUCAUGGGCGCCGCGGUCGGCUUCGUCAUGCCCGGCCUGGUCUGGCUGAUCGCAUUCCACAUCCGACGACCGAGGGCUAUCCUGCCGCCCUUUGCAAGCAACAUCAGCAAGGCGGCGAGUGCCUACUUCUCCGGGCCGCUGUCGAUGCUCGCGCGAAGCCGGUUGUUUGGUCGGCGUGAAGCGGGGGAAUUGGAGACGCAGCCGCUGCUCGAAGGCGAGGAGGACGAGGUGCGACCCGCAGGCUCGGCGCCCGCCCACUCGAUCCAUUCGAGACACAGCUCGCUCUUGGGCGAGGAAGCCGCGUCUAUACCAAGCCAUUUGACCGAGCAGACAAGCGCAGAUAGGGACGAGGCAACUACCAUCCUGCUCGCACGCAAGGAGAGGCAGCUGCAGAAAAAGACGAGAGGCAGAAGGAUCUGGCAGGACAUCGUGGUGUUUGCAGGCGUGCUGCCGUUCGGGUUCGCGCUGCUCGUGCUGGGUGCUGUCGAGCUAAGACGAGGAGGAUACUGA